AUGCAACUCUCUAUUACCGCCUUAACCACCCUCGCCUUUGUUACCUUGGCCCAAGGUAUGGUCAUCCCAUCGGUUGAACCAAUCAAAAGGGAUCAAACCGCAAACUCCACUAUUGCAUCCCCUCCAGUGCCAAAGGCCAGGCUUAUCAUGGCCCCAUCUGAUGUCGCUGUUGCAAACAAGUAUAUUGUUGUAAUGAAGAGUAACAUUUCUUCUACUGCUUUCCAAGCCCACAAGAAAUCCGUGCAAUCCAUUCACUCUACCAGCUUGGCCACCUCCCAAAAAGCUUUUGCCGCAAGCUCAGAAGGCAGUGGGAUCGUCAGUGAAUUUGACAUUGAUAAUUACAUGAAAGGUUACACCGGGUAUUUCACCGAAGACACCAUCAAGUCAUUGCAACAAUUGAGCGAAGUCGAAUUCAUUGAACAAGAUGCUACCGUGAAAACUUUUGAAUCCGCUAAGCAAACCAACGCUACUUGGGGGAUCUCAAGAAUCUCUAGCAAGAAGUCAUUGAACGGUGCUACUACAGGAACUUAUCUAUACGAUGACGAAGCCGGAGAAGGGGUCACUGCAUUCAUCAUCGACACCGGAGUUAAUGUCAAGCAUGAAGAAUUCCAAGGAAGAGCCUCUUGGGGUAAGACCUUCCCUACCGAUGGUGACCAAGACGGGGUUGGCCAUGGUACUCAUUGUGCCGGUACGGUUGCUGGUAAGACUUAUGGGGUGGCUAAGAAGGCCGAUAUUGUUGCUGUUAAAGUGCUUGGUAAUGAUGGUUCUGGUACUAAUUCUGAUGUGAUCAAUGGUAUUCAAUGGGCUGCUGCUCAACACAAAAACAAUGUCGCCACCAAAUCUGGUUACAAAGGGUCUACUGCUAACAUGUCCUUGGGUGGUGGGAAAUCCACCGCUGUCAACAACGCUGCCUCUGCUGCCGUUAAAGCUGGUUUGAUGCUCGCUGUCGCUGCUGGUAAUGAGAACCAAGAUGCUUGUAACACUUCUCCUGCCUCUUGUCCUGAUGUAAUCACCGUGGCUGCCUCCAACAACAAGGACGCUAGAGCAUACUUCUCCAACUAUGGUGAAUGUGUUGAUAUCUUUGGCCCAGGGGUCGAUAUAUUAUCUGCUUGGAUCGGAUCGACCACCGCCACCAACACCAUCUCUGGUACUUCUAUGGCCACUCCACAUAUCACCGGGUUGUUGACAUACUUCUUGUCUUUGGCUCCUGCUUCGGAUUCAGAGUUUUCUUCUGCCUCCUCUUCCCUCACCUUGGAACAAAUCAAGAAAGCCAUUGUUGCCUUUGGUACUCAAGAUGUCAUCUCUGAUGUUCAAGGAACUCCAAAUGUCCUCGCUUACAACGGUGCCGGCGGUGACUUGUCCAAAUUCUGGAAAUUCGUUUAA